AGCCUAUUCGCUGAGAGCCGGGAAAACGGCCGUGCGGGCCUGACGGUCUCAGCUACGGGCAUGGCUGCUGCAGCGCAGCAAGCACCACCAGCAACGCCUGCAUCGAUGCAGCAUAAGCAUGUUCGCCAGCUUCGGAAAACGGAGAUGUGCAAGUUCCACAUGCUCAAUAGGUGUGGAAAGGGCGCUCGUUGCAGCUUUGCCCACGAUGUGUCUGAAAUUCGGGAGAAGCCUAACUUGAACCGAACGAGCAUGUGCAAGACCUUUUUGCUGUCCGGAAAUUGCGACAAGCCCAACUGUGCGUUCGCACACGAUGAAAGGGAGCUUCGCACGACAGAAGGCUUCUUCAAGACCAAGCUGUGCCGCUUCGCCUCCUCUGGGCGCUGCAAGCAUGGGGAUGCCUGCCGAUUUGCUCACAGCCGCCAGGAGCUGAGUGCAGCAGCGCCGGUAAGUUCAGCGCAGGUGCGCCCCACAUUGGACUCCUCGCCGAUCGCUGGCUCCCUACGCGGGUCGGAGGCAGCAGAUGGGGUGUCAGAAAAGACAGGACAGGGACAACGACCUCAAGCAGUCGGCAGCAGGCAUGGCCACACCCGCGCACAGCGUGAGCAAAUGUCUGGAAGCGACUGGGUGAACAUAGCGUCUUUGCAGCAGAUGAAUCGUGAUGGAGCAUCUGACCAGAGUACGCGUGCCGACACGUCAGCUUCUGUGCCAACUCCAGAAGGCAGCGGGGAUUCCAGUCCGGACGAGGAGUCCGCAGAUGCGCCGCAGUCGGACAAGACCUCCCAGGACUGGUCUCGACAGCGAAAAGGAGAACGUGCGCAGCGUAGGCAUUGCACCACAAUGAUGCUCACCAACGUGCCUCAAUUCUUAACGCAGGGCGCCUUGAUGCUGCUACUGGAAGAUCUCAGCACCUAUAUGCGUGAAGCGUUUGACUUUUUCUACUGCCCAUGGGAUCCAUACCAGGACCGCAACCUGGGAUACGCCAUCGUCAACUUUUUCUCGAGGUCCGUGGCGGCCGAGUUUGAGCAACAGUGGGGCAACCAAAAGCUUCUGCCAGGGAUGCCCGGAGCCAAGAAGCUCCGCAUCAUGCCGGCGGCUUUGCAGGGCCGAGCGGCCAAUCUUCGGCACUUCUCUGGCUUCAGUUUGGCACAUCACAAGGAUCCGCGCUUCCGCCCGUUGGCCCGCGCGGGGCCCAGCGAAUGUUUGCAACCCAUGGCCCUGGCAGAGGAGAUUGCUGAAUCUGACAGCCGCAGCCCUGCUACCACCAGCCCGCCGGCAGGCACUGCGGCCCAGUGCGACCAGACGACAGCCAGCGCUUUCCAAAGCCCUCAAGUUGCUAUGUCCUCCCAGGCCGUGCCUGGAGCGGCAAGCACGAUGUGGCCGCCCGAAGUCCUGGCCGCCCUGGCGACUGCCAUGCCAACUGGAAUGAUGGCUCCAAUGGCACAGGAUCAAGCGUCCCUGUUGUCCGAUUUGAACGCAAGGCAGCAAGCCUUGAUGAUCCUCUUGAAGAGCAAGGAUUCAACGCCCAACUCCCUGGCCUUUAUGCCGCCAAGUGCACAGGUUCCGAACUUGGCAGAGAGCAUGAAUGGAGGUGGGCAACGUUUUGUGAUGCCCGGGUUGCCGCCUGAGAACCUCCAGGCGAAGGUAGCGGCCGAAGCGCCGAACAGCACCACUCCGUAUGCCUUCCUGCCUGGAGUCGCAGGCAACCCAUCUGGCUGUAACGGCGGCUUUUGUGUCCCGUCGCCACAGCUGCGGUACUUGCAGCAACUUGAAGCCUAUGGUGCAUAUCCAGACAGAGGUAUGUGAAGAGACCAGGCAAAGCCUGGGAUGCUUUUGAGCAUUUCUUCCCUGUUCAAGUUUCUGCCAGCUGAGUGCUUGAGCGAACGGCUGGAAUCAUCCAAGUAGCGCAGCUUUCAUUCAUUUGCCAGUGUGAGUGCGGA